GUGAGGAGGGGCCCUGGAUUUCCCUUCCUCUGGGAUCACUGCCCUUAUAUAAGCUGGGGAGAAGCCCAGUCUAGGGUCAUUCAUUUUAGCAUGCAGGAAGAAGGGACUCCUGGCUCCCAAUUGACUCAGCUCUUCACUCGGCUGGACAUCUGAGCAGCUACCUCUCUGGUCUCCGGGUCCACCCAUCUGACUAUGCUUCUCCUUUUCCUGAGCCUGUUGGCUGGGGCGUGCCUCUCCUCCCUGGUCCAGGAGAAGAAUCCCGAGUACUGGAGAGCACAGGCACAGCAGACCCUCCACAAAGCCUUGGAGCUCCAGAAGCUCAACACCAACGUAGCCAAGAAUGUGAUCUUGUUUGUGGGGGAUGGGAUGGGGGUGACCACCGUAUCUGCUGCCCGGAUCCUCAAAGGCCAGCUUCACCACAUGCCUGGCGAGGAGUUCCAGCUUGAAAUGGAGAAGUUUCCCUUCUUGGCUCUGUCCAAGACAUACAACACCAACGCCCAGGUUCCUGACAGUGCCGGCACGGCCACGGCCUUCCUGUGCGGGGUAAAGAGCAAAAAGGGCACCCUGGGCGUGAGUGCUGCUGCCAGCCGAUCGCAGUGCAACACCACCAAGGGCAACGAGAUCACCUCAAUCCUGCGCUGGGCCAAGGAUGCUGGGAAGUCUGUGGGCAUCGUGACCACCACUCGAGUGAACCACGCUACGCCCAGCGCCGCCUAUGCACACUCCGUGGAUAGGACAUGGUAUUCGGACAACGAGAUGCCCUCCGAGGCCCUGGGCCAGGGCUGCAAGGACAUAGCCCACCAGCUGAUGCACAACAUCCCGGAUAUCGAGGUGGUCCUGGGCGGAGGCCGGAAGUACAUGUUUCCUAAGGGCACACCGGAUGUGGAGUACGGGAACAAGGAGGCGAGAGGGACGAGGCUGGAUGGGCAGAGACUCACCGAUAUCUGGAGGGAGAAGAAGCCUCCGAACAAGAAUGCCUACUAUGUCUGGAACCGCAGGCAGCUGCUGAAACUGGACUGGAACCAUGUGGACUUCCUUCUAGGUCUCUUCGAGCCCAAGGAUAUGAUGUACGAACUUAACAGAAACCGCUGGACAGACCCGUCCCUGACGGAGAUGGUGGAGGUGGCCAUCAAGAUCCUGAGAAAGAACCCCGAGGGCUUUUUCCUGCUGGUAGAAGGGGGCAGAAUCGACCACGGCCACCACGCGGGAAAGGCCAAACAAGCCCUCCACGAGGUGGUGGAGAUGGACCGGGCCAUCGCACGGGCUGGAGCCCUGACCUCCUCCGAGGACACGCUGACUGUGGUCACAGCGGAUCACUCCCACGUCUUCACGCUGGGUGGCCACGCUCCCCGGGGGAACUCCAUCUUCGGUCUUGCCGCCUCCCUGAGCGACAGAGACAAGAAACCCUUCACUUCUCUCCUGUACGGAAAUGGCCCUGGCUACAAGGUGGUGGCCGGUGAGAGGGAGAAUGUUUUAGCUGUGGACUAUGCUGAUAAGAACUACCGGGCCCAGGCUGCAGUGCCCCUGAGCAAGGAAACCCACGGCAGUGAAGACGUGCCUGUGUUCUCCAAGGGCCCCAUGGCUCACCUCCUUCACGGCGUCUUCGAACAGAACUACAUUCCACAUGCCAUGGCCUAUGCCUCGUGCAUUGGGUCCAACACAGACCACUGCCAGCCUCAUUCAUGAUCUCAGCUAGCAGCCUGCUGACUGUUAAUCCUCACAAGUCUCAUGGCUUAAGCCAGAAGGCUGGAAGAGGGAAAAGGUCCAGGCAGGUUGGUUGGGACGGACUCCUUCCUCCCCAAACUCCCCUCAUCCAUCCCCAGCUGUAGAACGCAUCAUGGGCUCAGCCCUCAUCCUAAUGAAGAACAAGACCCAGAAUCACCGGGGUGGCAAGAGAGGGAUAGAUGGCAGGAAAGGGACACUGAGGUAGGGGAGAGGGAUGGGACAGGGCUUCUGGGACGGUCAUCUCUCCUCUUUCUUGCUGCUGUUCUUGUUUUUUAAAUUCUCCACAAAAUCCUGUUUAUAAACAUUUUUCCAAAAAAAAUAAAAAGGUUCGUAUUUGCA